GAUGGAUAAGCGCCUCCUGUUGCUCAUGCUGGGCCUUUCCUUGAUGUGGGGCUUCCUGCAAGCUCUACAAUGUUACAAGUGUCCUCUAAUCCUACACGAUGGAAGUUGCGAGUUUAAGAGAACCACCUGCCAUGCCGGUUUUGGCCAGAAGUGUAUUCUCUUCAAGCAUUUUGAAGGUGACAAGUUCCUGUUUGGAUUACAGGACUGUUGGUACUUGCGCAGGAACCUCAGCGUCCAUGAAGGUGCUUUUUAUACAUCUGUUUCAAGUUGCAAAAAGAAGAAUUUCUGUAACAAGUUUUAGAGGCUUGAGCUUUGAUCCUGAUCUCUUCUCAUGCAUAAGCACCAGAAGACUGGGCUGUCUUUCUCCUGCAUCGUCCAAGCUGUAAAACCUGCUCCUACCCAGCUAAAAAAAAAAAGCGUUGAAAUUUGAACAAC